AUGGUGCUUUGCGAUCUCUGUCUCUCUUGCCCCCUCCUUUCCCUGUCCGUCUUUGCCGGAGUCUGGGCAAAGCCACGCCCCCGCUGCCCUUUAGCCACGCCCACCACACACCCUUUCCUUGCCGCGGCGCAGCGAGAGCCAGGAAGGUCCUUCAGUGCCAUACAAGGUGGAAUCUCUAUUCCUGCAGUACGGAUCCUUUGCUCCGUGUCUCUUAGUUUUUGGAGCAGCAGAAAAAGUUUCUUCAUGUUGAAUAUGUCGCUCCGCUUUGGGCAGCACCUCAUCAAGCCUUCUGUUGUGUUUCUGAAGACUGAACUAUCUUUUGCUCUGGUGAAUAGGAAGCCAGUGGUCCCAGGACAUGUUCUCAUUUGCCCACUCCGUCCUGUGGAACGGUUCCGUGACCUACUCCCCGAAGAAGUGGCUGAUUUAUUUCGUGCAACACAACUAGUGGGAAAUGUGGUUGAACAACAUUUUGGUGGCACUUCACUCACCAUUUCAGUUCAGGAUGGUCCUGAAGCUGGACAGACGGUGAAGCAUGUCCAUGUUCAUAUACUUCCCAGGAGAGCGGGAGAUUUCAGCAGAAAUGACAACAUCUAUGAUGAGCUUCAACGUCAUGACAAAGAGGCCGAGGAUUCCCCAAGCAAAUGGAGAUCAGAGGAUGAAAUGGCUGCAGAAGCAGCUAUGCUCAAAAAGUAUUUUCAGUGAAAGAAGAGGCAACAACACUGAAGUAUCUUCAAUGAAUGCUGAAAUACAAGAAAAUAGAAACAGAAUCCCUUUCUUGUUCACUGCUGAAAUGUGAUUUAAAGCACAGAAGAUGUCAGUGUAUUCCACUGAGACUCUCCUUCCACAUGGUGUUUUAUUGGCCCUGCCUAAACAUUAUUUUAGUUAAGAUGUUUGAUAAUUUCAGUUUCAUAUAAAAUGUCUCUUAAACAGUUGCUUGAAUUUUUUGCGAGCAAAUCUUUUAAAAUUAUUCCUUUGUCUAACAUGAAAUAAAGCAUUAAAAUAA